GCUCUUUGCCAUAGCCAUGGCACGACCUAUCGCCGCUACUAUAUAUACACACACAAUCCAGCGUGCCCAAGUGCUUGGUACGUGCCCACACACGUACCAAAUAAACGUACACUGACCGACGUCGUCGUUCACGUUGCAAGAUUGCAUCUUGCCGAUCAUCGCAACGUCGGCUAGCUCUGUGACAAUGGCGAAGAGCAGACGGGAGAUCUCGUUUGGUUUGGCCGUCGUCCUGUCCCUAACGGCCGCCGCACUCGUGCGAACCGGACACGGCGCCGACGCCGCCUUCGCGAGGGCGAGCGGGACACGUUUCACGAUCGGUGGGCGGCCGUUCUACUCGAACGGCUUCAACGCGUACUGGCUCAUGUACAUGGCGUCGGACCCGGCCGACCGGAGCAAGGCGACGGCCGCGCUGGACGAGGCGGCCCGCCUCGGCGCCACGCUCGUGCGGACGUGGGCGUUCAGCGACGGCGGCUACCGCGCGCUGCAGGUGUCGCCCGGGGUGUACGACGAGGAGGUGUUCAGGGGUCUAGACUAUGUGAUAUCCGAAGCAAAGAAGCGCGGGAUCCAUUUGAUCCUGAGCCUGGUGAACAACUGGGACGGGUACGGCGGGAAGAAGCAGUACGUGCAGUGGGCAAGAACCCAGGGGCACAGCCUGAAUUCUGAUGACGACUUCUUCACCGACAGCGUGACCAAAGGGUUCUACAAGAACCAUGUCAAGGCAGUCCUCACGAGAGUGAACAAGAUGACGGGAGUGGCGUACAAGGACGAGCCUGCCAUCUUCGCGUGGGAGCUCAUGAACGAGCCUCGCUGCCAGAGCGACCUCUCCGGGAAGACGCUGCAGGCCUGGAUCACGGAGAUGGCCAGCUACGUCAAGUCCGUGGAUCCCAACCACACGGUAGAGAUCGGGCUCGAGGGCUUCUACGGCGAUCGAGUCCACGCCCGACCGCAAGCGCCAGUUCAACCCGGGAGGGUACACCGUCGGCACCGACUUCAUCUCCAACAACCUGAUCCCCGGCGUCGACUUCGCCACGAUCCACUCCUACCCCGACCAAUGGGUGCCCGGCGCGAGCGACGGCGCGCAGGUGGCGUUCAUGCGGCGGUGGAUGGCGUCGCACGCCGGCGACGCCGCGGCGGUGCUGCGGAAGCCGCUGCUGGUGGCGGAGUUCGGCUGGUCCGCGCGCUCCAACAGCUACACGGUGUCCAUGCGGGACGCCUACUUCCGCAUGGUGUACGAGGCGAUCUACGCGUCGGCGAGAGCGGGAGGGCCGCUCGCGGGGGGCCUCUUCUGGCAGGUCAUGGUGCCCGGGAUGGAGAGCUGGACCGACGGCUACGACGUCGUGCUCGACCGUAGCCCAUCCACGGCUGCCGUCGUCGGCCAGGAGUGCUCCCGGAUGACCGGACUCAACUAGGUGUCCUAGCUAGUAGCCAGUAGCGGUGGACUGAUUCGUGCUGGUUCAAAUGUUCAAGGCAGCCACGGAGAGCCGGAGACAUGACCAAUGGAUGUGCUCUAAUAAUUUAAAGUAAUAACAAAAAAAAUAUCUUUAUAUU